AUGAAACGAUCUGUGACAGACCGGUCGUGGAGGCUGCCUCUACAGCUGAGGCGGCAGGCCAUGCAUCGACGAACCUACUCAGACUCGUCAGAAGCAUCCCAUUGUUCUCGCGCAUCAUCGAGCUCCGAAGAUCAGUUUGCCUUCUCGCCAGCUACCGAGAACCCGCCAACUCGAAGUGUUACAUCCAACUUCACGGCUUCCCUUGACCAGACUGCCGAUAUCAACUCCGAGGCCCGUUUCUCUGCCGAUGUGGCAGGUCCCUCAGUCGACACACCCCAAGGAAGUUCGAGCAGCAAAAGCAGGCCAAUUGCCAUCGAGAUUCCAUCAUUUCGCAGACACGAUACUGUUACGGGUGUGGACGCUUCGCUUCCCCCGGCCCCCUUGUCAGGACGAGGUGAUAUCCCUGGAGGAUACUUCCCUCUCCACGAAGAUCCCCAAUCCCGGGUCACUAUUCCCCAUCCAUUCCACAACGACGCCGACAUGGCCAGACAAUACUCCUGGCAAAAGGCUGCCGAGUCCACGACCAAUCGGGCGGCGAGCCCCUUGUCCAUGAGCAUGAGCACCUCGAUCAGAAACGAAACUGAUCACUUCCCCUUUUCUGAGCGCUCGAAAACAACUGCGCUCACUGCUCAUACCCCCGCAACGUCGUAUAUCCCAAUGGGCCACCACGAUGGCAUUGCGUUACCUCUUGGAAAAUACUACCCCACGAACUGGGAGAGACGCCACGGCAAGAGUUCCCAGCAGCAGCGGCCCUCGACACCGGCAAAGCCCGCUUCUUCGGCUGGCCACGAGUCUCAGGGGCAAAAGCUGCGUCGGGAACAAGGGCAUGCCCGAUCCGGCUCUGAAGUCAAACGCCGUAUCCAACAAUACCAGCGUGACAUGGUUGCGCAGGCCACGAUGGCUGCGAGGUCAGUGGUAGCUAACAGUGCUGCUCUUCCAGCAGCCAUCGGAGGGCCUGAUGGGUUCUUCGGUGCCAAUCAGUUGAAGACGAAGCCGAAAUCCCCUCGUCUGGCGCCGCUCGGCAGUCCCGGACCCGUCACACCAAUGUCCCUGGAGGGCGAGGACAGCGAUUACCUGACACUCGGUCGACCCAUGACAGGUGCCGAUGCCGAGCGUCAAGCCGCCGAGCUAGAAAAGGCCAUGCGUGCCGACGAGGCGAGACGGAACAACUCGCAUUUUUCACUAGGCGCUCUAUCUGUUUAA